ACUUUAUUUUGAAUCAGGAAAUAGUCGAACUGCCAUAGGUUUGCUUGUCACAGGACCCAAAGAAGCACGUUGAAGUGUUUGUGGAAGUUGAUACCUGGCGACUCAGUUAAAUACUCAAAAAAUAACAACUGUUAAAGCAAUCACUGAGAUUUUAAAGACAUUAUAACAAGUAAACAACGGGAAACGAGCAAUGUCCUGGACUCCAGAAGCCGUUAAUUAAAACUCUACCUGAGAUAAACUAGCUAAUAUUUCAGGUAGCCUGUAACUUUGCAGUUUAGACCAGCAUGGCAUCUUCACUGGUGGUUCCUGUCAUCGAUGUCCAGAAUGACAAUUUUAAAGAGCUUUGGCCUGCUAUGGUCGUGGCUAUUAAAACGGCGUCCUUCGUUGCACUGGAUACGGAGUUGAGUGGUCUUGGAAACAGGAAGUCGUUGCUGGCUGAAUCCAUAGAGGACCGAUAUAAAGCUAUUUGUCAUGCAGCUCGGUCUCGUUCUAUCCUCUCCUUGGGAUUUGCCUGCUACAAGAAACUGGACCAAAAGCCUGCAGACACAUACCUGGUCCAGGUGUAUAACCUCACCCUUCUGUGUUCAGAGGAGUACAUCAUAGAGCCCCAGUCAGUCCAUUUCCUGGUGCAGCAUGGAUUUGACUUCAACAAGCAGUACAGCCGUGGAAUCCCGUACUGCAAGGGCAACAAUAAGGGAGGGGCAGAUGACCGUGGUGUCCACAUCCGAGCACUGUUCACUGAACUGCUGCGUGCUAGGAAGCCCCUGGUGCUGCACAAUGGCCUCAUUGACAUGGCUUUUCUGUACCAGAGUUUUUAUGCCCACCUGCCUGAGCGCCUGGCCACCUUCACUGCUGACCUGUCAGAGAUGUUCCCUGCUGGGAUAUAUGACACCAAAUAUAUCACAGAAUUUGAGCUUCGACUCGCUGCCUCCUAUCUAGAGUAUGCCUACAAGAAAUGUAAACUGGAUAAUGAUCGCAGUGUGGACUCAAAAAUGACUGGAUCUCAUGUUCACCUAGAGUUCUGUCGGUACGCUGGUCACAUGUCCACAUACGUGGACUACAGAGAGUGCCCCGCUGUAGCCUCCACUGAGGGACAGACUGACAUCUGUCAGCGCUUCUCUGCAUUUGGUUGGUGUCCAAAUGGCACCCAGUGUCCAUUAUCCCAUGACACAGACCGUAUCAUCCUCCAGGAUGAGAAAAACAAGGAGGACAAGAGGAAGAAAAGGAACCGACAGAGAGAGAAGAAGAGAAGUGGAGCAGAGGGCCCCUCCAUCUUUGACGGUGCUCCCGAAAACAAAAUGCCCAACGUGGAAGUGGAUCCAAAAAAUACUCCAGGACACCAACAAGGGACACCUGCUAAGUUGGGUCCAGACAUUGUGCCGGCAAUUCACUAUGAUGGAAACACCCCGCAGAAUGAAGGAAAGAGCUUGGAAACUGCCAGUAAGGGGAACAGUGUGUGUGGUGACAGCACACACUCCAACAACUCAGCAACACAAAAUGACUCAAACACAAAAAGUGGAGAAAGUGGGACAGGAGCAGGCAGAGAAAAGUUUGAUGGGCACUCAGCUUGGAUUGAUGCCCAGAAGAAGAAUGCUGAUGCAGGGACACAUCGGGCGGGGUUCGACGCCUUUAUGACAGGAUACAUCUUUUCCUACUCCUGCACCUUCAUCAGGAAGGAAGAGGCUAGAGAAGGAGACAAGGAGCAAAAGGAGGAGGAGGAGCAGUCAUGGAUUCCUACGUGCCUUAACAAGGUCUAUCUGAGCGGCAAGGCAGUGCCUCUCAACGUGGUAAAGAGCACCUUCUCCAAGUCGUCCAAGGCCCACAUGCAGAAGAUGGAGAUGGUGUGGGGUGGAAGAAUGUAGUGUGCAGAUGUGCACACACAACAGGACCGUUAACAGCAGCUCGGUUCCAAAAUGACCAGCUUGGAGAUGUAGAAUUUUUCUUGGUACUUAAAGAAUAAAUCUCACAGACUUGGACUUGAA